AUGAAGAACAACACCUCUAACAUCUUUUCUCCAUUCCUUACCCUCCCAUGGGGAGUUACUCCUGAUUGGGUAGCCACCAGCCUUGGUGGAACCCUCAUAAGCUUCAUCCACCCAACCAUUGCACUUCUCAUUCUUGUUUCCCUUCUUUUCAUUGCCCUAUUUCAGUCUCAGAUUCACAAGAAACCGAGGUCAGCUCCACUCCCACCCGGUCCGACACCAUGGCCUAUAGUAGGGAGCAUUCCGGAAUUAUUCCCAAAGGAGCCGGUAUUCCAGUGGAUACAUGGGUUCAUGAAAGAAAUGAAUACUGAAAUUGCGUGUUUUCGAUUCGGUGAUGUGCAUGUCAUUCCAGUUACUUGCCCGGAGAUUGCUCGAGAAUUUUUGAAAAAACAAGAUGCUACGUUUGCUUCAAGACCAAUUACAAUGGCGACCGAGUACGUGAGCCGUGGGUUCUUGGCCAUAGCUGAUACACCAUGGGGUGAUCAAUAG